ACGGCUAUAGUGGGUUACUUACUAAGAAAAAACGAACAGCAAGUGUACCAGUGUAUUUAAUGUUUCUAUGUGUUGUAUCCUCGUCUAGUAACACUGGGAUAGAGCCCAGCGGCAAUUUAUCGUUAAAUACACUUAUCGCUCUCUAACGACGUGAUCUUGCCACGCCAUCAACUUGGUUCUCAACAGAAUCAGUAAGGGUGUUAGAUAAAGGGACGAACAAGAGGGAUGCAGAUGACCUGAGGAAUCGUGGCACAUGGGUAUAACGAUGUCAUACAUGGUCUUGCCCGAAUCGCAAUUCAACAGGUGGGAAAGCUUUCAUUAUUAAUAGAGUAGUGUGGGAUCGAUCGGUGAGGCCGUUCUCCCGGUGUGGUGGUGGUUCGUCCCUGUCAUUGAUCCAUCUCAGUCUCGCGACACCGCCCCGAGAGGGACACACUUCUUCAGUCCUCAAUCUACACUCGCGCGAGACAGUCACAUAUUCAUUUCCGUAACACAGUAGCGAGAAACCGGAAGGAGAACAUGGUACAGGGUAUUGGUCCUCCUCGACAAUAGUGCAGGCUUCUCUGAAAACUAUGGCAACGGCAAUCUGAUCAAUCCCUCGCGUCCGUAGUUCGCCUUGACGCUGGUCCUUCUGCAGUGACAACACCACGACGAUGUGUGUCUACCGUUUUGGGAUUUACUGGGGAUAAAAAAGAUUCAAGAAUUCCUCUCUGUGUGUCGGUGGUGAGAAGGAUGCAGGAUGAACAAGUCCUGGCUUUACAUUGUUCCUAUCUGUGUCCUCCUCGGAUGUAAACACGUGCUGGCCAUAGACUGUUAUGUGUGCUCCUCUCUGCAGCACGGAAACAGGGACUGCGAGGACAAAUUCGACCAGAACCUUAAGACGUCCGUGUUUAUAGCGAGGAGCUGUGACUUCGGAUUCUUCAAAGCCACACACUGCAUCAAGCUUAAAGGAACAAGAGAGGACGGAACAUCUAUACUAGUCCGACAGUGUAGCAACGAGGAUUGGGGAAGCCAUUGUGGUGAUAUUAAGUACGAGAUUGGAGAUAAAUCAGAGAUGGUUUACGGUUGCCUGGAGACGUGUAACUUUGACGGAUGCAAUACAUCCAAUCAUUUCACAGUAAACAAUAUCUGCGUGAUAGGCAUUCUAGGACUCAACUUCCUGGUGCGCAGUUGGCUGUUAUAGCAAAGAAAAUUAUUGCAUGAAAAUCUACUUUGAUAUGCCAAACAAAUCGAUUGAUACCCUCUGUGUCAUUGUUUUAUGCGAUGUUGAAAGAGAUGUGCACGUUUGUGUACCGAAAAGUGGACCUUACUCUGGGCAUUCACAAUUGUUGUAAGAUGAUUUUAUUAAGUAACCGUGUAGGUUACUACGGUUAAGUCAGCACAGACGACGUUUGUUUGUUUUGUUCUUUUUUGUUCCUAUCCCGUAUUAUUUAUGUUUAAAAGUAUAAUUUGUCUCUCAACGACGAGAAGAUAAUUUUACUUUGCAUAAUAUUGCAACAUAUGUUUAAUCAUUGACAAAAUUGAAAGAAAUAUUACAGGAAUUUGUCAUUGAAAAUAGCUAUUUAUGAGGAAUGCGUGUUGUUUGUUUAAGUUCUCUUGCUACUGUUUAAGUGGUUAGGUUACGUCACUCUAUUAAUUGUUUUAUAGGGAUGGUUGUGAUAAAUUUGUAUAUACAUUAACAAUUAGUGUCAGAAUUAAAAUGGUUUAGUUCGAGUGAAACUUGAUUAAUUAAUAAUGUGCUGUAAGGUAUUUUGGAUACUAAGUUACCCUUGGGAUUUGAAUCUCCGACAUGCUUUUAAUUCAUUGUGAAAUUACUCCAUGGUGAACCCAAAUAUGUAAACAGUUUAUAUUUGGUUAUUUUAUAUAAGAUAUAAGUGAUUGGGGUAGAGUUAGCUCCCGUUAAAUAUGUAUUUAUAUUAUAUAAUAUUCAGAAUUAUAUCAAUGUAUGAAUGCAUACAAUUCCCCCUUUUUCAUCAAUUGAUUUUCUUGGUCCAAAUUACUAUUCAAGAAUGAGUUACAUGUCAGAGUAAAAAAUACGUUUAUUAAGUGCUAGACACAGUAAUCUUGAGUCAAUUACUUUUGACACCAGGUUACUCAUCCAAAGGGAUAGACAUGUUAACAAUGUGUCCGUGUGUUUCCUACUGCAGUACUGUGAUCUAAAAUCUUUUUUUUAAUUCUUGGUUUCAUUUUGAUAGAUUUAGAUAAUGAUAAGUACUUGUAUAGAAGCUAUUUUGUAUUCUAUGGCAACGAAAUUUCAACAUUUACAGUUUGUUUUUAUUUUAUCUCUUAGUUUGCUAUUAAUGUCUAUUUAGAAUAGGUUAUUUUGUUUUCUUUUUGAAAUUACACAAUAACAUUUGUAAUUGAAAAUCACUGUUUGAAAAAAUGUACAUUAUACUGUUUUUCUACUUAACUAUGCACAUUGAUACCAUUUUUGACAUGCAUGAUGUAUAAUGUAAAAUUGAAACAUAUUUAUGUUAAUUAAAUGUAAUCUCUCAUGUAGUAACCAUGGGACCAUUUAUGUGUUUAAGUAUCUGUCUUGUCCAGUCUAUACAGUGUUUCUUAUUUGACCGUUUGCUACAGAAUCGCAAUACAUGAUCGAUAUAUUUCCAUCGUAACCUUUGAAGGAAAAAUUAAUUGCAUUUAAAUACUAAAUUCUCUGAAGGUAAUUAUGCCCCUUUGCGAGUGUGUAUAUGCUGUUUAAUAACGAUUUUGUUGAAAAGAUGUUUUGAAUUUUGUGUACAAACUUAAGUUACUGGCCUUGUGAUACACCCGUAGAGAUGGGUACACCGUGACGUGAUCUACUGCAUAAAGGCACAUAACAUAACACUGUACACAUUUAUAUGGGGUAUGAGAUUUCUUGGAUUUUAUACAUCAAAGCGCCGUGUAUCCGAACACAUUUUGGAUACAUUUUUUUAUUAAGUUUUAUGGUUUGGAUAUAGUGCUUUAAGCAUUAAUAGGUAGGUGGGCUUGAUCAUUGGGUUACCUGUACCUAAAGCCAAGAGUAUGUGUUUAAGUUACCUUUCGUACCGUUAAUGGCCGUCUUUUGAUUUUUAAAAUGUAUUAAGGAUCCCCGUACCACUGCCAAAACAUAAAUCAUGAAAUGGAUGUUUUUACCUGCAUGACCAACGCUUUAAUUAAUCUUUUCUGAAAAGAAACACAUACAUGUUUAUGAAAAAAGCAAAGAUGAAUUAAACAUAACAGAAUUCAACAAUAGUGUUCUGAGAACAAAAAUGUUACUGGGCCAGACCCGGAUACGAACCCUGGACCUUGAAAUUGAAGGGGGAAUAUUGUUUUAUUAUAAAGUAUUUUGCCAGCUAUGGGACAGAGAUCCUUAAGUAAGUAAGCGUGUAAUUAUCAUUGAACACACUCAUGGUGUGUUGCUGUUCGAAUUCCUUCCAAGUGCGUAAUGCAUGUAUAUAUAACAUCGAAUUGAUAUUUUAACGGUAAUUCGGGGCAUUGGGUAGGUUCGGUUGUUUGCAAGUUCGGAUAUGCGGCAGUCAGAUUUGAAACGUUCAACUGUAUAUUGUAAAUAUCUUGUGUUAUACUGUACACAUUCUCACUCUUAAAACCAGUUGUAUAAACUAGCAUUUCCAGUUCAGAAUACGGCAUAGUUUUAGGAGUGUCACAUCAACCUGCUUUUAGUGCACCUAUCACUAACCUUAUUUACCGGAGAUUGACAUAAUUAUGCACUAGAUCCGAAGCAUGAAUACAAAAUAAGCUGGUUAUUCAUAUACGGGUCACAAUAAUCAGCAAGGUUGGAAGACGUUGUAAGAUAACGGAUGUACUGUCUCAUAGUUUAAUCGAAGUUAAACGAUAAAACACUUUUUUGUAAUAUAUGUGUUUGAUCGGGUAUGAACAUACUAUUUCAGCCUAAGAUGCUAUGUUUUCAAAGUAAAAGAUUGCAUCUAAAAUUGAAUAAAAUAAAGUAUGAUAAUAUCAAGAAAGACUUAAUAAAAUGAUAGACAUCAUACUUUAAUUAAAACCGAUACUUCUAAACGUGAUAUUAGAGUUGAGAAACGCAGCUUGUAAUGAGAAUCACAAAGUAACUACAGCACCACGUAAACGCAGCUAGUUUCGAGAACAUCGACUCCUUUCGAGAUUCAUACGAGCGUACACAACGUGACGUUGAUUCGCUUUUAGAACCUGCCAGAACCCAGACAUUUCAAGCAUCAUUGUCUCAACCAAACGUAAGAAGAAUGAACGUAACACGCAUGCACACACGGGUGACUUCACCAUAACAACUUAGUAACCAUACAGUAUACAUACAUUUAAUUACACUGCAUCAUACAGCUGUUGCAAGCUAGGGGCAAAAAGGAUGGACAUCCAAAAAGGCCUAAACAACUGUUGAAGCAGAAGGAAAGGCGCUUAAAAACCUUUAAUUUAUGAAUUUCGAAAAUGUUAAGCACUGGUUAACUCAAGUACGAAAUUAAUAUUUAUUUAUGUUCUCAAAGCAAAAAGCCAAGCAAACACAAUUAUUUUAUUAAAUCAUAUGGCAAUUUUAUCUAUUUAGGACUCUUGAUAUGAGGGGUCCAAAAAAAUAGCAAUUGGCAAUAAACAUACUGUCGUGUUCAUUAUUUGGUGUAUUACAGUUGGGUUUUAACAGUCGAUUAAUAACACAUAGCUUAUUAAUUUGCUUUAUUGAAAUGGAAUUGAAAUGUUUGUGUUUUAAUAAGUUUGUUACUGAGAUUUGUUUUGAUUUGUUUACAAGAUAUAACUUGUAGCCUGCUUGCCCGUUCCCAAUUUCCGUAUGUAUAUUGGAAUUAAAACCAAAUAAAAUUAAAACAUU